CAGGAACCUGUUGGCUCACCCUGGGUGGCGAGCGGGAGAGCGGGAGGUGAUUCGUGAUUGAAACGCCGUCAGGAUAUGAUGAACUCGCCUUUUUGUUGACGGAGAUGCGUGAGUGAGUUCCCCCGAGGAACGUCUCUCCCCGAACAAAAACAAAGAACGUAUUGUUAACGUUUUCUUGUCAGGAUUAGAAAGGAAGAAGAAAAAAAGUUGCGCGGUUCCUUGGUGCUCUGUUCUUGCUCGUGAGUGCUGGGGAUGUUCACUCACGUUCCGGCAUUCGUUUGCCGUGUAGCCAGGUGUCACGUCUUGGAAAUUAUGAUACUGAUUGAAGGAUAAGAUAAAGAAUGUGUAAGGAGAGAGAGAAAGACCAGGAGAGGGAGAAAGGAACGAAUAUAAGGCAGAGAAAAUGGUGAAUGCUAGAACGCAUUUCGGCUUUACGGAGCAGGCGCAAACUUCCGGCAUUCUGGUAUCAUUCCGAUUGUAUACACUUCUUGAGCGAAACCUUAUGGUGCAGGUGUAUUUGCAGACUGAUGACGAAUGCAUCAGAACGAGUGUAAACUUCGCAUGAUAUCAUAACACACUAAUGAUGGUGUAAAUGGCUGCGGGUGAGGGCGCACGCAGGUGAGAGAGCUAAAACUUAAGGACAAUGAAGGCUCUCUGCGGGACGAAAAAUUUAUGAAAACUCCUUCAGUUACGGCAUCGUCCUACUACCGAGUGUUGCCCUUUCCAGUUCCCUCAUUUCUCCUGCGGAGGCUAGACCCCUUACAACUCUUGACGCCUGCACACUUCCCCUCGCUAACCGGUCAGGACUCGCUGCACGCUCCCCCUCCUGAAGGAGCUGGCCGUCACGGGGCUCCGCUGGUGUCGGCGUCGAGGAUGCAGGGAGUUUGUGCGUGUGACUCUGGGCUCUGCCAUCGAAAAACCUGUUAUAGACAAUAAGGAAAAUAAGCGAAAGAAAAUCCAUGAAAGAACUUUAUCGGAGGCUUUUUUUCCCGGGAAGGGGCGUUUGCCUAGAUGUCCUUCCCGUAUCAAAAGAAGCCUCGUCCGAAUCUCUCCCUUAACCUUAGCCAGCCUAUCGUGAUCAAGCCUCAGAGGAAAACGGGUCUCAAGCACACCAAUAGCGUAUGUCUCCCUGUCACGAAGUCCGUUCAUCCAACCUUGCACGGCGGAGGCGCUUCCAUGACGUCACGACUCUCGUUCUCCAAUCACAAGUCGUCGUCGCACCCAACGAUCAAUCACGCAUCGUCCUGCCAUCACCCCUCGGCCGAUGACACAUCCAUGACGACAGAUGCACCAAUGCCCAAUCAGCAUUCGACAAAGAUGGUGACGUCAAUGGAAGUAGCCAGUCGCAUUUCCUCCUCUUCCGAGAGCGAGGAAGAUGGCGAGGGUUGGCUACUUCUCAACGAGCGAAGCAAACCGUGGCCGGAACCGGACCAGAGUGAGGUGAAUAUUGCUGUUUAA